UCGCUAUGGUAACACGUUUGUAAACAAAGUGUUGCUCCAAGUUUGUGUAAUAGUGUGUUGGUUGCAAUCUAGCUAACUAAACUUCUUUAAAUGUAUCUGUAGUUUACUUUAUCCGGGGAAAUGCCAAAGAAGAAAGGUAAAAAAGGAAAGAAGGGCAAAGGGAAAGGAAAGAAGGAAGGAAAACAGGAGUCUAAAGCGGAUAAAGAGUCAGAUAUUGAAAAAGCAAAGGCCAACGCCGCUCUUUGGGAGGCAAGGUUGGAUGUCACCGAAUACUCGCGUGUAGAGUACCGCGAGGCUGCCCGCAAAUUGGCACGCGCCAACGAGGAGCUAACAAACCAGCAGUAUCGCGCUGAGAAGGACUCCGUUGAUAUAAUUGCCUUUUUGAAGAGGAAAGAUGCAGAGAAGGAGGAGAAGAUUACCAGUCUUGAGCAGCAACUCAAGACGCAAAAAGCGAAAGCUUUUGAGGAGCAAGAAAAACUGGUCGCAAAGUACACAGUGCAGGUCAACGAGCUUGAGGACAGAUUCAGAAUGAGAUCUGGCGAGUUUAAGAUGAUCCAGGGGGAGCUGAAGACCAUCAAGGAGUUCAAGAAGAAGAAAGCCCAGAUGGAGCAUGAGCUCAGCAGCAUUAAAGAAAACAUGUACAUUGCUGACAAGGAGCACAAGGAAAACCUGGCUAGAAUGGAACUCAAGUUCUUCAGCGAAAAGGUCCGCCUUGAGAAGGAGGCCGAACAGAGGAUCGCUAGGCUGGCAGAGAGGGCCCACAAUGACGCCAUUGUGCAGCUGGAUGACACGUCACGCUCUGUGUUCAAGGAGAACGUCCGUCUCAACGAGGCCCUGGGCUAUCACAUCAAGGAGGUGGAGGACCUGAGGAGGAUGACCGCGUCGCUGGCGGAGGAUAACGCCUCCCUGGCCCUGCACAAGGAGAGCAGCGACCUCAUGAUGAAGGAGAAUGUGGCCCAGCUCAAGGCCCAAAGGGAGGAGAUAGCCAGGCUGAAAGGAAAACUAAGCUCCCUGGAGCAGUCCCUGGGUCUCAUGGCUGGAGAGUUUGAGAGAGACAAGGAGACGACGCAGCUCCACACUCAGGUCAGCACCCAGGCCAGCCAGGUGGAGCUGGACAAGCUGCAGAAGCUGCUAGCCAUGCGCGAGAAGGAGAUCGCCCGCGUCAAAUGGCUGGCGCGCGGCAUCGUGGAGCAGCGCUCCGAGCUGGAGAGCUUCUUCCUGGAGGCUCUGAGCCAGGUGAAACAGGAGAUCCAGACCAGCAGGCUGCAGUACAGACAGGAGGCCCUGGAGGGCUACCGCAGGAAGAUGGGUGAGGCCAGGACGGGCAAGCAGGAGUACCCUCGCAUCCGCACCUUCCACAGGAACCCCCACAGCACCAACAGUGUCUACGCGGACCUGGAGGAGGCUGAGAAGUGGACUAACCUACAGGCCAACAAAGUCGACAUCUCGGAACUUACGUGGGAGCAGAAGGAACGGGUGCUGAGGAUGCUUUUUGCAAAGAUGAACGGACAGAAAACAAGGAAGCCCAGCCAGCUUUUGGCUUUGUCUGCGUCGUCAGACAGGCCCCAGAGCGACAGCGACACAGGAAUUACAGAGGAGCAAUCCCAUGUGACCUUCCUCACCCAGACGCCUGAGAUCAACCUGCCCUCCAAUCCCAGCAUACUGCCCGACAUCCAGACCACAUGACCUCUGGCCU